ACUGAUCUUACUGGACGGUUCGCUACUGACUGCCUACUGGCAACAUUCACGCCUGCGCUUCCGUCUCGUGACUUGCCUUCCCCUGCCGCUGCGGCUGCGAGCUUCGGGGCGCCAUGGCGCAAACCUCACCUAUUCCCCGCGUCAGCCUCGGCACCCAAGGACUGGAGGUGUCCAAGCUGGGGUUCGGGUGCAUGGGCCUCACAGGCUCCUACAACUCCCCGGUCGAGGACGACGCCGGCGUCGCCGUCAUCACGCACGCCUUCUACCGCGGCGUCACCUUCUUCGACACCUCCGACGUCUACGGGCCCCACGCCAACGAGAUCCUCCUCGGCAAGGCGCUGAAGCAGCUGCCGCGGGAGCAGGUGCAGGUGGCCACCAAGUUUGGGAUUCAGCGGGAUGCCCAGGGCAAGAGCACCAUCUGCGGCCGCCCGGAGUACGUGCGCGCCUGCUGCGAGGCCAGCCUGCACCGCCUCGGCGUCCACCACAUCGACCUCUACUACCAGCACCGCAUCGACACCACCAUCCCCAUCGAGGACACGAUUGGUGAGCUCAAGAAGCUUGUGGAGGAGGGGAAGGUCAAGUACAUUGGGUUAUCGGAGGCGAGCCCGGACACCAUCAGGCGUGCUCACGCCGUGCACCCCAUCUCCGCCGUGCAGAUGGAGUGGUCUCUGUGGGCUCGCGACAUCGAGCCCGAGAUCGUGCCUCUCUGCAGAGAGCUAGGGAUUGGAAUUGUUCCCUACAGCCCGAUUGCUCGUGGGUUUUUCGGUGGAAGGGGAGUGACACAACAAGUGUCUGCUGAAUCUAGUCUGAAAGGCCAUCCACGUUUUUCGGCUGAAAACCUGGAGAAGAACAAGCAACUUUAUCUGAAAAUGGAAGAACUGGCCAAGAAGCACCAGUGCAGCCCUGCUCAGCUAGCUUUAUCUUGGGUUCUGCAUCAAGGGGAUGAUGUGGUUCCGAUACCAGGGACUACUAAGAUAAAGAAUCUAGACUCCAACAUUGACUCCUUGAAGGUGAGGCUCACGGAAGAUGACCUCAAAGAGAUCAGCAACGAGAUACGCGAAGAAGAUGUUGCGGGUGGAAGGCAAUAUACUUCAUUUGCGAAAUUCACCUGGAAUUAUGCGGAUACGCCAAAGAAGUGAAACUACAAAAGAUCAUGGAGACGGUGAAACAAGCAUGCCAUGCUAUGUGCUAGUGUGAUGAAUGGUGCUCCCUGUAUCUUCAUCCUGUGAAUUGUCCCGCUCUGAAUAAGAACAUGUGCACUGUCUCCACCUGCCGUGUAGAUUUAUGUGUGCUUGUAUAACAGAAGACUGAGACCGUGCUUGCUA